AUGGCUUCGUAUGCACCUCCAACAUUGAAUAAUUCUUUAAAAACUGUUGAAUGGAUGUGGCAAUCAAAUCCACAUCCAUUUUCAAAGCGUGAACCGGCUACAUGGAGUCAUUACUCAGAUUUAGAAAACUUAAUUAUCGAAGAAGCAUUUCAAGAUAAAAAACCACGAGCUCAACUGGAUGAUUAUUUUAUUGAUUUCAAAAGUAAUCUUCAAAUAUCGAACACUGAUGAUCGCAAGCAAAGACCGAUAAAACGAGUAGUAAGUAAAACAGAAGAUAAACACCUACGAGAAGCACGUUUUAUGGAUCUUCCUGUUAGUUACGGACGUUCAUUUGGUGGUGAAUAUGGUUGGGUAUCCCCAUUUGUAAUAGAAGUCAGGCGAGACUUGAAACUCGAGCCAGAUGAUUUACCUUCGAAAAAACCAAGCAUGAUUCCAAUGCUUGUCGAAAAAGCUGCUUGCGGUAUCGUUGAAGAAGGAAAACACGUUGGAAAACCACGAGAAGCCGAAGAAUUAGCUAAAAUGCUAAGAGAAAAGAAGAACGCUGGUAUGGAGGAAGUAUGGAAACUUUGUGUUUAUCUUUACUCAUUGGAAAGUUUCCUCUACAAAACAUUGAAUGCAGCAAUGAGAUUAGUUGGAGAUAAAGAACAUGAACAAGUAUGGCGAAGCAAAAUUCGUACAAUGGGUCCAUUCUGUUUAUUACUAUGGGAUGACCCAUUUAAUACAAAAUUGACAACCAAAAAGACACUUUAUCGCGGAGCCACUCUAACUAAAGAACAGAUCGAUGUUUAUGCAAAAAUGGCCGAAGAUGAUAAGGAUUAUGGAUCAUUUCAAGCGUAUACAUCAUGUAGUCGAAAUCGAGGCAAAGCAGAAGAAUUUGGAAAUACUUUAUUCAUUAUGGAAGUCGAAUUCGCUUUUAUUGCUGAUCUUAGUUCACUUUCUCAAUAUUCAGCAGAAGAAGAGGAACUUAUUACACCCGGUGUUUCUUUUCGUGUCCUCAGUAUUAAAUUUGAUCCUACAAAAAAUAAACACGUCAUCCAUUUGGAAUUGAGACAACGCUUUUCUGGUGAGUACAGCACUUUUCUCUAG